AAUUACAGUAAUGAUUAGUUUGUCACCCAGCUAUUGACUCAAAAGAAUUAAGAAUAUGUGACUCAUCCUAACUACAGUAGCUACUUCAUACCCUAUCAGACAGUCAAGAAGCACCUACCUAAAGAAAAAAUGGAGCGUGCACGUGGCAAGACCUCUGACGGACUCAUCUCCGAGAUGCAGGGCAUCCUGGUGGAGACCAAGCACAGCUAUGAUCAAAUGAUAGCAGAAGGCAAUGCUAAAGCGGAAGAACUGGGACGCAUUAGAGGGAAAAUAAAACUCGCAGAGCUGCCUGCUCCUCAGGGCGCGCCCGCUCCUCAGGGCGCUAUCGAUGGUGCGGCUGCGAGUGAAAGAGCAGUUGAUGGAGGAACUGUUCCAGUGCUUGGUGCAGAUGGGAAGGUUGGAGCAGAGGGAGCGGCAGGAGCAGGAAAUAGUGAGGGGAAUGCUUAUGGCGUACGAGAUUGGACAUACGUUAGAAUGUUAGAUGUUCUUUCAUUUUGAGAAGUGCUCGCAACUCGAUAAUUAUAGUCUUCUUGAAAGUACUUCCUCCCCUUCCGCCAAUGUGUUCUAACUUCCAAGCGAGCUGCUGCUGACGCAAAAAGUUUAUCGGCAUAUGCUAGAACGCUCUCAACGUGAGCUAGUUUUUCUCAGAGAUAGACUGCGGCAAAACGAAAGUCAGUUGCAAACGCUGGCUAGAACUGAGGCUUCGAGGUUAGCGGAGACGAGGAAACUGGCUGAGAGCAGGCAACUGGCGACAAGUCUGUUGCAGACACAACAAGCGUUAUGACGGAGAAUGAGUGUUGUGCGUUUUCUCGUCUUUUUUCCCGACCUGCCUCGUUGCAUUAGCGGUGCUGAUCUCAAGCUCAAAAAUCUCAAAAAUUACAUGUUCAUGUGUUUCUUCAAGGUAUCUAUAAUUCCUUCGUCUCUAAAAUAUGACCCUCUCUAAAGCUCGAAUCCGGCAGCAAGAAGGAGCGUUGGGACAACGCGUUAGCCGAUGUGACACAACAGCUCCACCACUUCACGGAAGCAGCUAAGAGGCGUAGUGACUUCGCGAAGUGGCGCAGUGAAGUAGCCAACGAGGCUGCACGCGAAGCAGUGAAUGUGAGCAAGGGUAGACUGAGAAAGAUGUGGGCCGUAGAAAGGCUAGCGGGAAACUGCCUGCAGAAGAUCAUGUUUGAACAGGUGGAAAGGAGUCAGGCAACAGAAGACGGGUUUCAGAGGAUCAGGGAGGUAACGGGUUUGCAGGACGUGAAGGAGAUUUUGAAUAAGUUUUUGACUAUGGCUUGUCCGAUGAUUUCUUCACAAACAGUCUACAGCUUCGAGUGCUUACCCAGAUACUGACUUGAGAUGAAUACUUUUAACUCAUUCAUCAAGUUCAUCGUUCAUCGUAAUCGUUCUCAGCGAUUGUUGAUUCUCAAGAAGUAGAAGCACAGCAGCAUCCUCGUCCCCCUUCUAACUCCCGACGCGACCUCGACCACAUCGAGCUGCAGCAAUCCAGUCGUGAAUUCGAGGGAAAACUCAACAAGCAGAAGCAAGAAUUGGAGGCGUUGAAGCAGGGUAGUUCUUGUUCGAGUACUGAGUGUGUAGUCAACGUGAAAGAGACGUAUGUUAAGGCUCAACUACUUUCAUUGGUCGUUGGGGUUGGUCACUGAGAUCGAAGAGGCGACCUCCCCUUGAGAGGGAAAUACAGGGGAGAAGGGAAAAGGGAAAAGGGGAGAGCUUUGAAGGUGGUCCCUUCCGUUCAGCAUCAGCGACCACUGACUGCUGAUCUUUAACUAUGAUGAAGUCGAAGCUAGAGAAGCGGACUUGGCUAGGAUUGCGGAGGAUUACGAGUCGGCACAGCAAUUCGCGCAGAGUGCGUCCUUAGCUUUAGAUAGUCUGCGGAAGUGGGCAGCGCGAAUGGAGAAAAGUUUUGCGUUUUUCGAUCCGUAUUUUGCGUCGAGCAAUAUCGGGGCGAUCUCGGUGUUUCAUGAUGGGGGUGUUAUGAAGAUGACGGAAAAGUGUGGUUCUAGAAGAAAAGUCUAUAAGUCUUUGCGUAACUCCUUCGAAGAUUGAGGAUGGUUGCAUAAAAAGACACACCUGAACUACAAGAUCCCUUAGACACCUCACAUCGUGAUCCCUUUUACUUCUGAGGAUCUUCUCUAAGGACCCACACCUGAACAAGAUCCCUUUUACUUCUGAGGAUCUUCUCUAAAAAGGACCCAACGAGGACUACCAAAUCCUCGUCCGACUCCGCCGAUUCUAGCUCCAGAGAAGACGCACGGCGAUUGAAGUUGGAGCAGUUUUUCUCGAGACUGCAAACCCACACAGUUCCUCAGUUCAUCGCGGAGGUGAGGAAUCAAUUUGUGACCAACCGUGGUAGGACGAACAACACGCGUCAUUACCAUGAACAAGCGAGGUUGUUGAACGAUCCGACCUUUUUGAAGAACAACUGUCGGUUGUUCUCGGGAGGGGGUGGUACAACUCAUGUUGGUCUCUAUCUUUUCUUUGCUGGGUAGCUCCGGGUGGAGGUCAUCUACUGUGUUAUUUCCUUGUACAACCACCGUCAUUCCUUGCUUUUCUCACAAGGCAACAAAAAAUCUCUAGAGCGAUCACCAUGUAAUACUUUCUAGGUACCAACAACACCGCCAACGCUACAGCGCACCAUACUUCCACCGCCGGCGCCGGUGGUAGUGAUGAUGUGGAGACGCGGGUGGCUAUGAAAGCAGUAGCAUUAAAGACAAUAGACGAUGCUAGUCGACGAGCACAGCCUGUAACGAUUCAGAGUGCAUUGGCUACACGGAAUAAGGCUGCGGCGCCUUUGAGAGGGAACUAGGUAGGAUUGUUCAAAGAGAAAAAUGUUGUGAAGAUUGAAGAUGAGAUACUUUUAGCAUUGAUAUUGAAUAGAUGAAGCGUGGUAAUACAACUGAAGUUCAACUGGGCUAUUUCUUGAUGACAAUUUUCACCAAUGCAUAGCUAGUGAGGAGUUUUGGACAAAUGCAGGCCCCUCGUUUUUUGAAGAGUAAUAAGUGAAAAUGCAAAUAUUACUAGUAGUGAUAGUUUAUAUCUAACAAGUGCCCCCCUCCUGUUACAGUAGCUUAGGCAAUAGAAGCAAAAUUAUACACACGAGUAGCGAAGCUUAGUUUAAAGCUUCUUUAUCAAAUUGGUAGAACAUCCCCCACACGCAUAGCAGGCAAGAGCACUUGUGCUGCCAAAGCUUGCAUACUCUAGAUGAGGAGCAGUUUUGAGAGUAAGUUGUGCGUACAUUAGCUACAUUGAAGAUCCGACAGACAACCCCAAUAAAAUCAUUCGCGAACGUUUCAAACACAUACUAAGCACCUCUCUCGAUUACAGCAGGCAAGGGAGCUUGUACUGCAAAAGCUUGCAUACUCUAGGCGAGGAGCAGCUUUGUAAAUAAGAUAAAGAGUAGCAAUAUACUCUAAAUAGAUAAUUUAACCGCGGAACUACAAAUAACAUCGUCCUCGUUUUCCACAAAGUAGGAGAGUAACCUACCUUGCUAUAGCCCCCUCUUUUGGAUUAUCUUUCUUAGGUAGGUUGUGUUACUAUUUCGAAAUUAUAAACCCGUAUGCUUCCUUUUGGGACUUUAGCACUUCCUACGCAUUGAUUCUAGUCUUCGGUCACGGUUGUAUGUAUGGCAGCGUGAGCAUCGGUUACAUGAACAUUGUCAUCGGUGCUUUUCGUGAAACCUAAUACGUCGAGGUGGUAUCUGUCGUGGUUGGAUCGUCGGAGGUGGUCGUAGACAAUUCGGCGUGAGAGAAGAAGAAAAUUGUCGUCGAUGGAGAGUCCUCUGCUUUGCUUUUGCCGUUUAAAUCCUGACUUAUAUUUAAAUUUUUAGUGUGGGACGGAUGCGACUGGCUCUAGGCCAGGGCAUGGUGAACCGGUACCCUUGGACGUGCCCUGGAUGGUGGACUAGAGUCAGUGCGAGCACCUACCCCCCUGCUGUCCCCACCUUGGGCAAGGGGGUGGGACGCCAAGGGCUGUAGCAUCUCCUCAAACUUAGCUAUUCCAAUAAUUUAUCUAAAAUUAAUAACUAGUCCUUUCUGCUCAAACUCGGCUUUCUUUCCUUGAGUGUGUAGAGAGCUGAGAGUUCUAUGAGCGAAUCACGCACGUGCCACGCUCGACCCGCUGUGGUUCACGAACAUGUAGAUCAGGGACAUCGACGGACAACUAUUUCAAUUUCAUCUAACAAGUGCCUGCACUAGUUUCAGCGUUUUUGUUGAAAGCUUCUUCAUAUCAAAGCAUGAAGAUUGCUUGACACGCUGUUGGAUUCAUUUGUUUCGUCAGAUGUUUCAGAAUCAAAAAAUGAUGCUCUCAAACGU